UGGCGCAGAGUGGCUCCAUCGGCAGCGCUGGAAUUCUCCGUAUCCCUCCCUCGGAGCAUCCUCGCCCAGAAAAGGGCUUUUCCCCCCUCCGUUGCCGCCCGGCGGAGCCCCGGGAGAGGGGAGGGACACGCGCGGGGAUGCUGGGAUCGGCCGGGACGCUGGGAAGCGCCGCUGGAUGAGCUGAGAGCGUUGGCCGGGGUUCGGGAAUCUCGGGAGCAGCAUGGCCCAGGGCAGGAGGCACGCGUCCGGCCGGGCCUCCAGCACGGCCAGGAUGAGCUCGGAGGGCGGCAGCAGGCCCCUCAAGGUGGGCUCCCGCGUGGAGGUGAUCGGGAAGGGGCACCGUGGCACCGUGGCCUACGUGGGGGCCACCCUGUUCGCCACCGGCAAGUGGGUGGGGGUCAUCCUGGACGAGCCCCGCGGCAAGAACGACGGCACCGUGCAGGGCAGGAAGUACUUCACCUGCGAGGAGAACCACGGCAUCUUCGUCAGGCAGUCACAGAUCCAGGUGUUUGAGGAUGGAGCCGACACAACGUCCCCAGAAACCCCGGAAUCUGCUGCCAUGAAGGUCCCCAAGAGAGGUACAGCCUGGCUGGGAAAUCCUUCCCAAAGGGGCGGGAAUUUU